CAGCACACCACACUUCAAACUCAACACUUUAAUCCGCUAGAUCAACAACCCAGGUUCAAAAGGUCGUGACUCCAGCCCAAGGCGGCGACUCCAGUCCGGAUCGGGCGGGACGUCAAGUGUGUCGGUACGCUGCACCUUCACCAACCACGGCUACAACGAUGACGAUGCUCGCCGCUAGCGACACGUCGAACGGAACCCUGGCACCACCAGUGAAGCAGCUCGCUAAUCUGAAUGUUGCCAGCCCAUUGGCAAGCGUCGUCCACCAAACCGACAGAAAUGGCAAGCAGCAGCUGAUUCUCACUGGUGUUCGUCAUAUGUCCCGCGAAGGAUCGUGUGCGAAGAAGACCCAGCAGCGAGGAAGUAUCCGCAACAUCUUCGCGAUUGAGUUGCGCCCGAGCCUCUUACCCCCUGUAUAUCCUAAUGAUGUCGACAAGAAGUGUCUGGUACUCGAUUUGGAUGAAACUCUGGUGCACUCUUCGUUUAGACCGACAGACAGCUACGACUUCAUUAUUCCUGUCAAUAUUGAUGGUACCGUCCACCACGUCUACGUAUGCAAGCGACCCGGAGCUGAGGAGUUCCUCAUUGAAAUGGCCAAAUACUACGAGAUCGUCAUCUACACGGCCAGUCUCAGCAAGUACGCAGACCCACUGCUCGACAAGCUGGACCCGGAGGGUACCAUUCGCUACCGUCUCUACCGCGAGCACUGCGUCCAGUAUGAGGGCAGCUACGUGAAGGAUCUAUCCUUGCUUGAUCGCGACAUCACGCAGAUGAUCAUCGUCGACAACUCGCCAAUGGCUUACGCCUUCCAUCCUCGGAACGCCAUCGGUUGCUCCAGUUUCAUCGACGAUCCGAAUGACCGUGAGCUUGACUCGAUUGCACGUUUCUUGACCAAGUUCCAAGACGUGGAAGAUGUGCGUAACCACAUGCAGUUGUGGGAUGCCAACUACUGACUCGUCCGAUGAGCUCUUGCUUUAUAACAACUUGAUUACUAAAAAGAGAUAUGUUUAUUUCA